AUGGAGGCGCCACACAAGGCUUCCUCGAAAUCUACCCGGAAGCGCACCAAGACUGGAUGUUUGACUUGUCGGCAACGUCGUAUCAAAUGCGGAGAGGAGAAGCCAGUCUGCAAGAACUGUAUCAAAUCGAAGCGUGAAUGCAAAGGAUAUGCGCAGCGGUUAAUCUUCAAAGCCCCACUGGGGAUUCCCGGAAUCCGGAAACCCAUCCCCACGCUCACAGAACAGAUACAAUCACUCCCUCUGACGGGCAAAUAUGACACUCAGAUUGAUUUCCAGCAAACCUCAGCGGGCACCGAUGGGCCAAUACUAGCCCCGAAGCUUACCAGUAUCACAGGCCCAGUACAGGAUAGUUUACCUCAGCCUUCUAGCGGAUCUCGAAAAGAAUUUCAUGGCCAUAAUGCACCUCCCUCUAGUCAUUCAAACUUUUCAUCACGGACUCCAUCUCCCUGGACAGGACCGGGAUCACAUUCUAAGAACCCGUCAUCACACCCUCCAGACUUUCUUCGGCAAUCGAGACAAGAUAUAUCAGGUCGGGCCGGGACAGGCUACCCUUGUGGAUUGGUCGACCAAAGACAUUCUUCUCCACUAGAAGGCGGCAUCUCAACUGCCCAGGAAUCUACGUCAAGUUCCAUACGUCCUUCUUAUGCCCACCCAGGGCCUCAUACAUUGGAACCAUCCUUCCCAUCCGGCGAAAGCGUGUUGCCUUCACCUGAAACUGAAGGGCACCAGAGAGCUUCCGUACAAAGACGAAUAUUUCCCCCAUUAUCCUACAUGGAUGAAGAUGAUGACGAUGAUUACUAUGAUGUCGAAUCUGACGAGGAGGCGGAGGAGCAAGUCAGGACGCAAAACUUCAACCAGCUCAGCUUAAUUAUAGCUUCUGCGAAUCGAGACCAACGGCAGAUCCGUUCCUUCACCACUUAUCUAAACGAGCCUAAUGUGCUGGCGUCUUAUAACCCAUCAUACGGGUCUUCUCCUCUGAACAAUCCAAAAACUGCGCGGGUUUUUCUCCAUUUCAUACAUGCCACCGGUCCAAUUUUAUCCAUUUUCGAGCGACAUCCUAUCGACCCUUCGACUAUGCUAGGCACCCCUGUUCCCAUGGCACAGCAGGGCCUGUGGACUUACACGCUACCUUUUAAGGCGUUUGACCACCCAGCGCUGCUUCAAGCAAUCCUAGCCCUGAGUAGUCUCCAUAUUGCGUGCCUCCAACAGUCUCCCAUCACGAUAUCACUCAAGCAUUAUCAUUAUGCACUUAAGAGAGUGGGCAAGGCUGUUGGCCUUCCCAACCGACGAAAACAACUUGGCACUCUAGCGGCUACGUUGUUGCUAGCUUAUUACGAGGUAAUGACUGCCGAUCAUUUCAAAUGGAAUAGCCAUCUCGCAGGGUCGGCCCAAUUAGUUCGUGAAAUCGAUUUUGCUGGUAUAGCCCGUGAUCUGCGUGCCCAACGACACAUUCGGUGGCUUGAGCGACAGCAAGAAAACAACAAGCCGUACAGCUAUUUCACGGAUGGUUACAUGUUCAACAACUCGGUUUCUAGCGACGAUCCUUUCGCCGAACUAGAGGGCAGUAUUAAUGAGAAUAUCAUCGGAUUAAUACUUGGUCGGGCGAUCAACUACGACGAGUUUGGAGAAGUCGAGAAUGACUGCAGGUACACUUCAAGUCGCCGAAAACACUUUACUCGUAAAGAUAUCGAAAACUUUCGAAUCCAGUGCGAUCUCUUCUGGUGGUACUGCAAGCAAGAUUUCAUCCAAAGCAUUGUCAGCGGCAGCUCAUUAUUUUUGCCGUAUUCACAAUGGGGCCAAUGCCCUCCUCGCGCCGGCCUAGGGCGGAUAGAUGCCAUAUACGGCUCGGGUGACCACCUAACGCUCUUAAUGGGACGGCUCGCAGACUUUGGCGAUCGAGAUAGGAAGAGAAAACUGAAGGCUGCAAAAACUAGCGGAUCGGAAUGGAGACCAGACGCGAGGUUGAUGAAAUUUAUGGGUCGGUUUGCAAGAGGCCCUCCCGGAGAUCCAGGACAGGGUCCCCCGAAUCAUUCUGUCCAAUCCGAUCCCCCGUCUUUUGGAGGUCCUCCUCAUGGCGGUUCAAACUCACAGCCGAGUAUGGGCCAAAGAAAAGGGUCUCAGACAACCAAUCCGGAUGCGCAGCAAUCACCUGGUAGCUCACCUGGUUCGUCUCCCGGCGGCCCUCCAAUGUAUGGUAUGAUUCCAUCGAAUGGACCCCGGAGAUUACCCUCUGCGUUUGCGACCAACGCAUGCGACGACCCCGAUGCCUAUACUCAUAACGAGAUGGAUGAGAAUAUAUCAUACGAAGAGGCUGAGAGUGAAUGGGAGAGCAUACUGGCAGCAUUCGAGAUGUUUGGUCAAGCACUUGGUCCGGACUUUAUGCCUCUACCACCCGACAGUACACUUCCCAUAUUCUCUCCCUUUGGCCCAGCCCUCCAGUACCGUACGCAUAAUAUAGGAGCCCUAUGGGCACUUUAUUAUUGCGGCCGUAUUCUUUUACAAAGACUGCAUCCAUGCAUGCCACCCGCAAUGAUGAUGGCGGCCGGGGUAGCAGCUCCCACAACCGCGGAAUUCGCGCAAAUUAUUGGAAAAAUUACUGCUGGUAUCUAUUGCCCCCAGUCCUCCUACGUGGGGGUGGAAGGCUUGAGUCCGACAUUAGGAUCUUGCCUCAUCGAAGUUGCAGUACCGAUGUUCUUUGCAGGUGUACAGUACAUGGAUGCCUCACAACGAGCUUGGACCGUUACUGUUCUCGGUGAACUCUCCCGCCUUACCGGAUGGAAAUCGGCGGAUGCGAUCGCUCGGGGAUGUGAGAGGGUCUGGACAACUGCCGCAAAGCAAGGACGCGGUCCCCCUUACCGCCCCAAUAACGAGCAGACGUCGAGUUGGACAACACAUGCGACCACAGAAGAGGUUCAACUUCACAUAAACGGUAACUCUGAGAGACGCUUUGUCACUAUCCGCGACCCUCCGUACCUUAGCUGGGCAAUGGGGAUUUUGAGUUUGGGGGACCACGUCUUCUGA